AUGCUAGGUCAGCACUAUCGUCCAUGGUCUAUUUUGUCCGUCGCAGAUGAUACAUCACCCAGUGCAUGGAUGCAUUCACUAAUCAAUGUGUUUUCAUGGCGUCAAGCUGGUACAAGACAAUCGCACGAAAUGGAUAUUAUCUUUUGUCGUCUUUCCGCUAUCUCUCGCAUGUUGCUUCACCCUUACUUCGUCUUUGAUGGGCCAGACUGUCCCCAACUCAAGAGGGGAAAAGACGUCGUAGGUUCGACCUUCCCGCACCUCCUCGUGCAGUGCUUUCAAGAAUUACUGAUGGCAUUCGGCUUCAACUGGCACAUGGCCCCAGGAGAGGCAGACGCAGAGCUCGCAAAUCUUCAAUCCUAUGGACUAAUCGAGGCUGUGGUGACACCGUACAACGACGCGCUACUAUUUGGCGCGACCUGCAUUAUACGCAGCGGCACCCCUUACUCUACCAGGUACGAAGACGUUCUAGUUUACUCCUCCAAAGACAUAGAAAACGUCGUCGGUCUCGAAUUGGGGGACCUCUAUCUGAUUUUGUUGAUGAGCAGUGUGGACGCUGAGACAGGUAAUCGGUGGUGCAGCGUGGACGUUGCCCGUUGGCUGGCAAAAUACGGCUUUGGAAGGAGUCUCUUGCGAGCCGCCGCCGCACUCCAGUUUGCCGAGUUCAUGAGCUUCGUUUCCAAGUGGCGUGACAGCGUCUGUGAGGUGCUAAGAACAGAUCCUCGACAGUUCCUUGGACGUAGACACUACGAACUUGCCCGCAUCAUCGUGGAGGAGCACAUUGAGUUCCCUGACCCCGCUGUCCUGGCAAUGUAUCUUUUACCUCUUACCUCGUGGUCGGACAACGGCUGCCCUCCUAUUACCGUUGUGACGUCUCGCCAGCCUGAUCUCACGUCCCUGGCGGAAUUUUGUUCGCAGUACCUUGACUGGCCACCGGACGUCAUUCAGUCCAGAUUGGCGGACGCUCGUGCUGGUGCCGCUGUACAUGCACUUCUACAGGUAAGUUCUGCGAUUAUAAACACGUCCACCCCGCAUCAUCAUCCACCAUACCCAGCUGCCAGGCAAUGUCGACGGCGAGAGACUGCAACGUGA